AUGGGUGAUGAAGGUUCAGUGUUUGGCCUUGGCGAUGGGUUUCCGCCUGAUGAUUGUGAUGGUGUUUUUGAGUUUGAAGACGAUGACGAGGAUCUCACUAUCGACAUCGAGACGAUCUAUCGGAUUCUAGAUGAGAAGCCUGAUUCUGCUGAGGGUAGCCAAGAAAAUUCAUCUCCAGUUGGCUCAUCGGCUGAUGAGCUCAAGAAUGCACAGUUGCAAAAUGGAUCUCAGAUGGUUGAUUGGUGUCCUUCUCGGGAUUCAUAUAGCUUAAGAGCCUCGCACCUUGAGAAUGGGGUGCCUGGUUCAUUCGAUGACCAUGUGAAAAUGGAGCCCGUGCUGAAUCCUUCACCUGCUCGUACUUGCUCUGCAAGUCUUAAAGAUUGGUUUUCGUUAAGCCAGGGUGAGCAGGCUGUGGAAAAAUGUGGAGUAUCUCAAUCUGAGAUGACUAGCUGUAGUAUAUCAUCUAGUUCCGUUGACAGAUACAAUACUUCUUUCUCUGAUCAUGGUGGCGAUAUGAUCUUCAAUCCUCUGAAUUUUGACUUUGACACUGUAUCCAACCAGGAUGACAAGAUAAUCGAUUCCAAAUCUACAUCGUGCAGCCCCACAAUGGCAACUCCAUAUUUUGACGAAGUUACUGAAUAUGGAGCGGGGUUGGGAACCAUUCAUAAUUCCUCUGUCAUGUCUGGUUUUGGUCAUAAUUCCAAUUCUCCCAGUGACGGUGCAGAUAACUGUGUCUCUUCUGCACAAAAAUGCUACAAUACAAGUGGUGCGUCCUUAUCAGAGCAUACCUCCAGUUUUGUCCAAAAUUUCCCGUUCCAGUUCUUUCCCAGUAAAGAAGAAGCUGCAAAUGAUGUUGAGAGUGGGGUGAUGAGUGAGUGUCGGUCGGAUGGCGUCAGCAGGAUGAUGUUCGAUAGACAUGGAAGAUUAGAUAAUGGAUCUAUACGAAGGAAACAUGCUGUUGAUUUCUCUAGUGCAAGAGGGAUCAGUUUUAAGUGUGAAACUAACCCUUCAGAUUCUCCUGUCUGUGUCAAACCAUACAGUAGUUUUGACAGUCAUUUAGCUGAUAAUGACCUUGACCGGCCUGACAAUUUUUCAAGCAGUUUUCAGGAUAAGAAAGCUGUCGGUGUGAAGGUUAAGCCAGAGGCUGAGUCAGAGAAAGUGGUUUACAGUUCAGUUCCUGAGGUAGAUAGUGUUAGGGAUGCUGUUUAUGCAUCUGGAGAAACCAAUCAUUGGUGGUCUGGUGCAUCUAGCUGUGCAGUCUCCUAUCAAACAGAUGUUGAAAAGGAAUAUUCAUUUAUUGCACCCCAAACUGCUUUCCCUAGCCAAGACAGUGUCAACAGAAGCAGUGAGUAUGUAGACUUUCCGAUACAACAAGGAGACCAUGAAUAUAUUCAACCAAGGAGCAUUGAUUCUAAUUUUUCAAACGCCAGUUUUGAAUCAAUUCAAAGCCAUUCCUCAGAAUGUAUUUCCGAUAGUGAUGAUGAUUCUGACAUCUGCAUUAUAGAAACUAAUGGUCAAGCGACUGCAAUCCCACUUCGACCUCUAGCUAUGAAACAGCCUGUGGUUUCUUCAGAAUAUAUUACAGGUGGUCAUACUUUUAAUCAAUCUGGAGGCCCGAGGCUUCAGUCAAACAAAGAAAAUAUUAUCUUUCAAGCUGCAUUGCAGGAUCUCUCUCAGUCUAAUGCUGAAGCAAGUCUUCCUGAUGGUGUCUUGACAGUCCCGCUUAUGAGACAUCAGCGAAUUGCAUUGUCGUGGAUGGCCCAAAAGGAGACAAGCGGCUUCCCCUGUUCGGGAGGAAUUCUUGCUGAUGAUCAGGGACUUGGGAAGACAAUUUCCACUAUAGCUCUUAUACUGAAGGAACGGUCUACACCUACCCAAGCACGUGAAGAAAGUGUUAAGAAAGAAUUUUUUGACCUAGAAAGUGAGAGUGGAGAAUGUGCACCUUUAAAUCCCAGUGGAAGAAGUGAACAAUUUGAUAACUCUCAGUUGCUUUUCAAUGAAAACAACAUUGAUGGAGAUUGUGUGAGUAAGGUGAGGGGAAGGCCAGCUGCUGGAACUCUUGUUGUCUGUCCCACUAGUGUUAUGCGACAGUGGGCAGAUGAAUUACAUAAGAAGGUGGCUAGUGAAACGAAUCUCUCUGUUCUGGUAUACCAUGGAUCCAGCAGAACAAAGGAUCCUCGUGAGUUGGCUAAAUAUGAUGUUGUUGUUACAACAUAUUCUAUCGUAAGUAUGGAAGUGCCGAAGCAGCCUCUUGUUGAUGAUGAGGACGAAGAGAAGGGUGGUGUGCAUGAUGGUGGAGUUGCAGCUGCUGGCUUUUGCUCAAACAAGAAAAGGAAAUAUCCUCUCGAUUCUCAGAAGAAGGGCUCAAAAAAGAAGAAACAUGUUGAUCGUGCGUCUGUUGAGUCUCUAUCUGGCCCUCUUGCGAAAGUUUCAUGGUUUAGAGUUGUUCUAGAUGAGGCACAGAGCAUUAAGAAUUACAAAACCCAAGUUGCAAGAGCAUGCUGGGGCCUUCGUGCUAAACGGAGGUGGUGUUUGUCUGGCACUCCAAUCCAGAAUUCAAUCGAUGACCUCUACAGCUACUUUCGAUUCCUCAAAUACGAUCCUUAUUCUUCCUACGUAUUGUUCUGUGGCGCAAUUAAGAACCCUAUAACUAGGAACCCGGUGAAAGGAUAUCAGAAGCUGCAGGCUAUUCUUAAAACAGUGAUGCUUCGCCGAACUAAAGGUUCCUUUCUUGACGGGAAGCCCAUAAUCUCUAUACCUCCUAAGUCCAUUGAGUUGAGAAAAGUGGAUUUCACUGAGGAGGAACGUGAUUUCUACUCCAACUUAGAGCUCGCAUCUCGUGAUCAAUUUAGGGAGUAUGCAGAAGCUGGAACAGUGAAGCAAAAUUAUGUAAAUAUUUUGUUGAUGCUCUUGCGCCUUCGACAAGCUUGUGAUCAUCCUCUUCUCGUUAAUGGUGAAUACAAUUUUACCUGGGGAUCCUCGCUCGAAUUAGCUAAGAAGCAGAAUUUCUCAGAAGCUUCAUUGGCAAUUUGUGGUAUCUGCAAUGAUGCACCUGAUGAUGCUGUUGUAUCAGUCUGUGGUCACGUUUUCUGUAAGCAGUGUUUUUAUGAACGCCUUACAGGCGAUAACAAUCAGUGCCCCCUUGCAAACUGCAAUGUCAGACUCAGCAUCUCAUCAUCUUCUUCUUCCAAUAUGAGAUUGGACGAUGCUAUGGAUGAUCGUGCCACAUCAGAUCUUGUUGAGACGGUUGUCCCUUGUUCUGAAGAUCUUCCAUAUGAGUCGUCGAAAAUCAAGGCUGCUCUAGAGAUCUUACAAUCAAUUGCCAGACCACAGGAUUUUGCAGAUAUGAAUCAGAUCUCUCAAAACAAAUUGGACUCCAGUCUAUCUGUAACUCCAGUUAAGGAUGACGGUAGUAGCAGUGACAGUCCAAUCAAGGGAGUUGGGGAAAAAGCUAUUGUUUUUUCCCAAUGGACAAAGAUGCUGGACUUACUUGAAGCUUGCCUUAUACGUUCGCAUAUUCAGUAUAGAAGGCUCGAUGGAACAAUGUCAGUUGCUGCUCGAGAUAAAGCAGUGCAGGAUUUCAACACUCUCCCCGAGGUUUCUGUAAUGAUAAUGUCUCUCAAGGCUGCUAGUCUCGGACUAAACAUGGUAGCAGCUUGUCAUGUUCUGAUGCUGGACUUAUGGUGGAACCCGACAACCGAAGAUCAGGCUAUCGAUAGAGCACAUCGCAUAGGACAGACGCGGCCAGUAACAGUGGUUCGCUUUACAGUAAAAGACACAGUUGAAGAUCGGAUAUUGGCCCUUCAGCAAAAAAAGAGAAUGAUGGUAGCCUCUGCAUUUGGAGAAGAUGAAAAGGGAAGCAGACAGUCUCACCUCACUGUUGAGGACUUGAGCUACCUGUUUAUGGCGGAUUAA